GGCGGAGUUGGUUUCGCGCGGGCGGGGCGUCCCUGUCUGUUCGCGGUGUCCAUCCCUCGAUCGUCGCUCUCGGGUCCCUCGGGCCGCCCCAGGCCUCGACAUGUCGUACAAUUACGUAGUAACGGCGCAGAAGCCCACCGCCGUCAACGGCUGUGUGACCGGGCACUUUACUUCAGCAGAAGACUUGAACCUGUUGAUUGCCAAAAACACAAGAUUAGAGAUCUAUGUGGUCACUGCCGAGGGGCUUCGCCCAGUCAAAGAGGUGGGCAUGUACGGGAAGAUUGCUGUCAUGGAGCUUUUCAGGCCCAAGGGGGAGAGCAAGGACUUGCUGUUUAUCUUGACAGCAAAGUACAAUGCCUGCAUCCUAGAGUAUAAGCAGAGUGGUGAGAGCAUCGACAUCAUCACCCGAGCCCAUGGCAAUGUCCAGGACCGUAUUGGUCGCCCUUCAGAGACUGGCAUCAUUGGGAUCAUUGACCCUGAGUGCCGAAUGAUCGGACUUCGACUCUACGAUGGCCUUUUCAAGGUCAUCCCACUAGAUCGGGACAACAAAGAGCUCAAGGCCUUUAACAUCCGCCUGGAGGAAUUGCAUGUCAUUGAUGUUAAGUUCCUGUAUGGUUGUCAAGCACCUACCAUUUGCUUCGUGUACCAGGACCCGCAGGGCCGGCACGUGAAGACCUAUGAGGUGUCUCUCCGCGAGAAGGAGUUCAACAAGGGCCCGUGGAAGCAGGAGAAUGUGGAGGCCGAGGCGUCCAUGGUGAUCGCAGUACCGGAGCCCUUUGGAGGGGCCAUCAUCAUUGGGCAGGAAUCGAUCACCUAUCACAAUGGUGACAAAUACCUGGCCAUCGCCCCUCCUAUCAUCAAGCAAAGCACCAUUGUGUGUCACAACCGCGUGGACCCAAACGGCUCGCGGUACCUGCUGGGAGACAUGGAGGGGCGGCUCUUCAUGCUCCUGCUGGAGAAGGAGGAGCAGAUGGAUGGUGCCGUCACCCUCAAGGAUCUGCGUGUGGAGCUCCUCGGAGAGACGUCCAUUGCCGAGUGCCUGACCUACCUGGACAACGGGGUGGUGUUUGUCGGGUCGCGCCUGGGAGACUCCCAGCUGGUGAAGCUCAAUGUUGACAGCAACGAGCAAGGCUCCUAUGUGGUGGCCAUGGAGACCUUCACCAACCUUGGGCCCAUUGUGGACAUGUGUGUGGUGGACCUGGAGAGGCAGGGGCAGGGGCAGCUGGUCACUUGCUCCGGGGCUUUCAAGGAGGGGUCCCUGCGGAUCAUCCGGAAUGGCAUUGGGAUCCAUGAGCACGCCAGCAUCGACCUGCCGGGCAUCAAAGGCCUGUGGCCGCUGCGAUCUGACCCCAGCCGCGAGACGGAUGACACCCUGGUGCUCUCUUUUGUGGGCCAGACCAGGGUUCUCAUGCUGAACGGGGAGGAGGUGGAGGAGACCGAGCUCGUGGGCUUCGUGGAUGACCAGCAGACGUUCUUCUGCGGCAACGUGGCGCACCAGCAGCUCAUCCAGAUCACGUCCGCAUCUGUGCGCUUGGUCUCCCAAGAGCCCAAGGCGCUGGUCAGUGAGUGGAAGGAGCCACAGGGAAAGAACAUCAGCGUGGCCUCCUGCAACAGCAGCCAGGUGGUGGUGGCCGUGGGCAGGGCGCUGUUCUACCUGCAGAUCCACCCGCGGGAGCUGCGGCAGAUCAGCCACACAGAGAUGGAACAUGAAGUGGCCUGCUUGGACAUCACCCCACUGGGGGACAGCAGCGGGCUGUCCCCUCUGUGUGCCAUCGGCCUGUGGACAGACAUCUCGGCCCGGAUCUUGCAGCUCCCGUCCUUCGAGCUCCUGCACAAGGAGAUGCUGGGUGGAGAGAUCAUUCCGCGCUCCAUCCUGAUGACCACUUUUGAGAGCAGCCACUAUCUCCUCUGUGCCUUGGGCGACGGGGCCCUGUUCUACUUCGGGCUCAACAUCGAGACCGGAUUGUUGAGCGACCGGAAGAAGGUGACACUCGGCACCCAACCCACGGUGUUGAGGACUUUCCGAUCUCUGUCCACCACCAAUGUCUUUGCUUGCUCGGACCGCCCGACCGUCAUCUAUAGCAGCAACCACAAGCUGGUCUUCUCCAACGUUAACCUCAAGGAAGUGAACUACAUGUGUCCCCUCAACUCCGACGGCUAUCCCGACAGCCUGGCACUGGCCAACAACAGCACCCUCACCAUUGGCACCAUUGACGAGAUCCAGAAGCUGCACAUCCGCACGGUUCCCCUCUACGAGUCUCCCAGGAAGAUCUGCUACCAGGAAGUGUCCCAGUGCUUCGGGGUCCUGUCCAGCCGCAUUGAGGUCCAGGACACAAGUGGAGGCACAACCGCGCUAAGGCCCAGUGCCAGCACCCAGGCCCUGUCCAGCAGCGUGAGCUCCAGCAAGCUCUUCUCCAGCAGCACUGCCCCGCAUGAGACGUCCUUUGGGGAGGAGGUGGAGGUGCACAACCUGCUCAUCAUCGACCAGCACACCUUUGAAGUGCUCCACGCCCACCAGUUCCUGCAGAAUGAGUAUGCCCUCAGCCUGGUGUCCUGCAAGCUGGGCAAGGACCCCAACACAUACUUCAUCGUGGGCACGGCCAUGGUGUACCCCGAGGAGGCGGAGCCCAAGCAGGGCCGCAUCGUGGUCUUUCAGUACUCGGACGGAAAGCUGCAGACUGUGGCUGAGAAGGAGGUGAAAGGAGCCGUGUAUUCCAUGGUGGAGUUCAACGGGAAGCUGCUCGCCAGCAUCAACAGCACGGUGCGGCUCUAUGAGUGGACCGCGGAGAAGGAGCUGCGCACCGAAUGUAACCACUACAACAACAUCAUGGCGCUCUACCUGAAGACCAAGGGUGACUUCAUUCUGGUGGGCGACCUCAUGCGCUCCGUGCUGCUGCUGGCCUACAAGCCCAUGGAGGGCAACUUCGAGGAGAUCGCCCGAGACUUUAACCCCAACUGGAUGAGUGCGGUGGAAAUCUUAGAUGAUGACAACUUCCUGGGGGCUGAAAACGCCUUUAACCUGUUUGUGUGUCAGAAGGACAGUGCUGCCACCACCGAUGAGGAGCGGCAGCAUCUGCAGGAGGUGGGGCUCUUCCACCUGGGUGAGUUCGUCAACGUCUUCUGCCACGGCUCCCUGGUCAUGCAGAACCUCGGCGAGACCUCCACCCCCACACAGGGCUCCGUGCUCUUUGGCACAGUCAACGGCAUGAUUGGGCUGGUGACCUCACUGUCAGAAAGCUGGUAUAACCUCCUUUUGGAUAUGCAGAAUCGCCUCAAUAAAGUCAUCAAAAGUGUGGGCAAGAUCGAGCACUCCUUCUGGAGGUCCUUCCACACCGAGCGCAAGACGGAGCAGGCCACGGGCUUCAUCGACGGCGACCUCAUUGAGAGUUUCCUGGACAUCAGCCGCCCCAAGAUGCAGGAGGUGGUGGCCAACCUGCAGUAUGAUGAUGGCAGCGGGAUGAAGCGCGAGGCCACUGCGGACGACCUGAUCAAGGUGGUGGAGGAGCUGACCCGGAUCCAUUAGCCCAGCAGGCCCUCUGGCCUCCCAGCAGGCUCCGCCCUCUGCCUGCCUUCCCCUCAUGGAGUCCUAGGCCCUGGCCAGCUGCCCAUGGCCACAGCGCAGAGUGGCAGCCAGGCUCAUGAACUAAGCAGUUCUGGAGAUGGAGGGGCCGCUGCUCAAGGUCUCCCUGGAGUUUUACCAGCCGUACGCGAGUCCCUCUAUCGCCUGGGCCCAGCGUCGCUGGUGCUGCCAGCCACCCUCCUCGGGCAGGG